AUGCUUCGGCUGAAACUAGCCAAGAUUCGUGAAGAGCAGAUGAAAGAAGUGGGCAAAAUUGAGCCGCAAACGCUUGGACGUCCUUUAGCCAAAGUGGUGAGUGUCCAUUCUAGAAGCGUGCACUUUCUGACAACGAAGAAGGAGGAUCUAGAGAGAAAAGUCCAACGAAAGAUUGACCUUGACGAGCUAGAGGCCCCAGAUCUCGACGAUGAGCAAAAAGAAAUGCGAUGGAAGUAUGUCUACAGCUGUCUCAUGAACAAUUGGAAUCUGCAACAUUGGAACUCUUAUGAGCGUGGUGGUUAUAGUCCGACGUAUCAGUCUAUGAAAGACACUAUGCCAGGUAUUGAAAUUCUGGACGAGGAGGCUGACAUGAAAGAUAUGCUUCAACGAAGACAGCAAAACAAAAAGCAGCCAGCUGGAGCAACGAAGUUGGAGGCGGAAAUGUUGGCAAUCGCUCGGAAGGGCAUGGAAAGCGAUGAGGCAACGUUCUCUGUUGAACAACCUUUGGAAGCUCAGUCACACCUAUGGUCGGACAAAUACCGCCCUCGCAAGCCCACGUACUUGAAUCGGGUCCAGACAGGAUUCGAUUGGAACAAGUACAACCAGACACAUUAUGACAUGGACAAUCCGCCGCCGAAAAUCGUUCAGGGCUACAAGUUCAAUAUUUUCUACCCUGAUCUACUGGAUCCGACAAUUACUCCUUCGUUCACAGUCACCCCUUGCGACGAUCCUGAUUUUGCCGUGUUACGGUUCAAGGCUGGACCUCCAUAUGAGGACAUUGCUUUCAAAUGUGUAAAUCGCGAAUGGGAAAUGUCUCUCAAAGACAGUGUGGUACGGCUGUUAUUUACUGUAAACGACACAGGAUUCAUUUUGAUGAGCGCUGCUAUAUUUCUCGUAGACUCUAUUAUAACAUUCCUCAUUAUUCAGAAAGUCCCAUAUACGGAAAUCGACUGGUCGACAUACAUGCAGCAAGUGGAAUGCUACACGGUAAAGAACAUUCGGAACUAUUCUGAAAUUGGAGGCGACACUGGACCAGUUGUAUAUCCGGCUGGCCAUCUGUGGACAUACAGUGUCCUUCAUGCUUUGACAAAUGCUGGCAAGAAUAUUCGUGCAGCACAGUACAUAUUUAUGGGUCUUUAUCUCUUGAAUUUGUUGGCUGUUCUUCGCUUGUACUACAAGUCGAAUAAAGUGUUUCUCUCUCCACGGCUUCACUUAGCGCUGCUCUCAUUUCACCUUGUGGUUUUAAUGGUGUUUGGAUAUCGUAUGUGGUUCAGGUCACAUGGAGGUAUUCGGGCUUUAGCCAUGGACGUUUAUCAUGGUGUCCUAACAAAAGUGGGAGUGGGAGAUUUAUAUAAUUGUAUGGUUUUCCGUCGUCUUCUACGUUGCUUACCAUGCGCGAGCUCAUCGGCGGUUCGUUUUAUAGCAGCUGAGGCCAGCAGCGCGACGGCGGAAGCGCCUGCUAAACAUGUGGUAUUUGAUCGGCAGCUAAAAAGAAAACAACGAGACUGGGCGGUUAGACAGCCGAACUUCGAAGAUGCACAAUAUCUUAAAGAGGAGAUUGGUUGGAGAGUAGCAGAUAGGGUAUUCGACUUGACAAAGUUCAAUCCGCUGGCGUUGGAUAUUGGCUGUGGUGUUGGUCACAUCGCUCCACAUAUGAUAAAGGAAAAUGUAGGCACACUUAUACAAUGCGAUAUGAGUGAAGAGAUGGUCAAUAAGAGCAAUGGAGCCAACGACAGUGAAGUUUUGCCGGUGUUUCGAGAUUCUGAAGCCUGA